AUGUCAAACGUCUUGUCCUGGAUAUCCUCUCUUGCUCAGGCUGCUACGUCUGGAAAUAGCAACGCUGUUUCUCCUGUUUCUCCAUCAAAGGCUUCUUCAGAUAAUGGACUAGUGAUGGCUGGGGCUGCUUCUUCGCAAUCCUUUUCAACUCCUGGUCCUUCAACUUCCGCCACCACUGAUGGUUCCAUGAACAAGUCGCGACCAGUCGCAACUGAUGCAUCCUCAAGCAUGCAUGGCUACAGCCAUCUCUACCCUCCUGCUCAUACUUCUGUUUCGAAUAUUACCAAGACUGCGUCUGGGAAUAGUAAAUCUUCCCUAGACUCUCUUGAAAUAGCACCAACUUCAUCUCAUGACCAACAUUGUCCUGACCAGUCGGAUGGCUCUCCCAUCGAUUCAGCUUGCACUCCUAAGCUUGCACCUCCACGCUCUCCGAUAUAUGGCCAUGUGGAGGGAAACGAAGACUUGUAUAGCGACUGGCUAGUGCUAGAUAGUCAAUGGUGUGAUGUUUGCUCCUCCUUGUCCGAUACUUCUGACGAAGAUGAUGGUACCAGCAGUAUCAUGACGUUGGAAUCCGUUCAUGUUCCUCCUCCGUCCGACACCUCCUCGGUUCACAACUACAACAAGACUCACCGUCGUACACAUAGUCAUCGUAAAAACACAAGUAAUAGCAGCAUUCACCAGCAGCACUCCCGCCCUCCGUUAGGGACACUGUUACCAGGAGGUCCAAACAGCUUGAAUAACAGCAGAACGGACCUCCGUUCUCCUUCCACCCCUAAACUUCCCCAGUUGCCUACUAUUUCAACCUCUGCUGUCAUGGCUCGCCAACUGGUUUCCAACAAGUCCGUUUCUGAAGUCGGAACAGAACGUAUGACUAGACAACUUAACAGGCGGGCAAAGCGGAUGUCUACUACCGCAUCCGCUACUGCAACUUCUCCAACAGUUGCAUUGUCCGGUUCACUCUCGAUUGGAUCCGGAUCCCUUCAUCCAGUCUUGGCAGAACUGCGUGAAAAUGAACUAAAAGCAGCCAAGUCGCGUCGCAUGAUGCGUCGCGAAGUACUACGGUGA